AAACUUGAGCUAACAAACUUUUUGAGGUCAACAAUUAUUGACUGACAAUGAGAACUAAGUGCAUAGAGCUUGAUACAGGAUUUAAAUUCUUCUUAUUUUACUAGAAAGCCAAUUAAUAAGCCUUUGACCAUUCGUUCAAUCAUAAUUCCAUCAAAAUAAUAAAAUCUAGAUGUGGUAGAUACUCUUUGAAAAAUUUCAUUUCUAGUCUUUUGAACGACACAUACCUCUAUUAUACGCAAUCAUACUUUCCAUAAAUCGUUUCUAAUUUUCCUUAACGACCACGAAGAAUGCGGGUAAAAAGAUUCGUCGCUAGAAGCGCGCCAGCAUAAAUGGCAACACCAUGCGUCAUCCAACAACGAUUCCAUUCCUAGAUCUAGGACCUUUCCUAGACCCUUUAUCCGGUUCCACAAUGAAAGGGAACGGACAAGGGGAGAGGGGAUACGAUUUACCUGAAGAGCAAGCCAGGUGCGUUCGUUCAACCCGCGAGCGUCGUGCAGUUUACCUGCGGAAGCGUUUGCUAGCGCAUCAUCGCACGGAACGUUCGUGCUUCGCUCUGUUUCCUCGUGGGUGUUCCAUUCCAUGCGAGAACUCGACCAAAAUUCACGCUUCCAGGCAACACCGUCUCGCGUUACCAAGCCUCGAUGAUCCGAUAUCCCUGCCAGCCGGCGCAUCCGUGACAGAGGCCACUCCUGGACACGGCCAGGAUCCUAAGGAGGUCGCCCAUUUCCAAGGAUUCAAUUCUUCCUCGAAAAUGGGCUGCUGUGGUUGCUCGGACGAACCAUCGUCCAAGGUGGAACCAACAACACCAGAAAAUGAGGGCAUAUCAACGAGACACUCGGAACACGUUUUCGUCACCGAUCGAUCCUGCACCGAUAUUCUGACUUUGAUCCUUGUGAUCGGUCUCGCCAUUGGUUACGGCUUCCUAGUUAGAAACGCGGUGGAGAAAGGUGACGUUUUUCGUGUAAUAAAUGGCUAUGAUAACUGUGGAAAUGUCUGUGGUCGUGUCACAAAGGGCGAAACUGAUCCAGAAUUUCAAUGCAAGGGUAAAGACAUGACGAAUAUGCGGUAUCUGCUGAUGACCAUGGAUGCGAAUGGGGUGAAGUCACGCAACUGCGUGGCCAACUGCUCCGAUCAACACGUAUCGUUCCUGAACCGAUGUGUACCCAAGGAGUAUUCCGAGACAGCAACUUCACUGAUCAGGAAGCUCGGGUUAGAUAAUUUCUACAGGGAGGCUUCAAGGGAUCUGAGCGUUGCGUGGAGGGAGUUGGUCUACCUUCUCUUAAUCGCUUUAGCCAUCUCGGUGGGAAUCUUAAUCGCCUUUCGUUACAUGGUCCAAUGGGUGGUUUACAUAGUGCUGAUCGGCGUUAUACUGGCGUGUAUAGGUGGCUCGACUUUCCUUUGGCUAGCGUGGUACAACGAGAGGAAAGGAGUACAGACGCGCGAAAUACCGGAAGAGGAUUCGAGCGAGCAGGCUUACUUCGUCUACGCGAUCAUACUCUCCGUCGUUACAGUCAUCACACUUCUGAUCAUUCUGGUGAUGAGAAAAAGAAUCGCCUUGGUGAUGCAGCUGUUCCGCGAAGCAGGAAAAGCUGUUUACGCGAUGCCAGCCUUGUUACUUCAACCUAUAUACACAUACUUGUUAAUUGGUUUCACCGUCUGUGCCUGGAUCUACUGUGCGAUGUGGAUAGAAAGCGCGGGAAACAUCUACAAGAACCGAAAGAACCAUAUCCAUUUCAGAAAGGAUACUUUAUUAAUGACGACUAGAUGGUACAAUUUAUUUUUCUUCUUCGUCACCUGCGAGUUCCUCCUGGGUUGCCAACACAUGGUGGUCGCGUUGGCUGUUGCACGUUGGUUCUUUACCAGGGACAAAAAGCAACUUUCUCUGACUGUAACUCGUGGCUUUUGUUACCUGGUGCGCUAUCACCUGGGCACCGUUGCAUUUGGCGCGCUGAUAAUUGGCAUAGUCCGACUGAUAAGGGCGAUAAUUAACUUCGUUCAGAACCGCCUGAAGCGUUACGAUAACGACCUCGUGCGAGGGAUAUUAUGGUGUUGUCAGUGUUGCUUUUGGUGUUUCGAGUGCGCUUUGAAAUUUCUCACCAGGAACGCUUACAUCGAGACAGCCAUUUACGGAUGCAAUUUCUGCGUGGGAGGAAAGAAAGCCUUCCAGGCCUUAUCGAGCAAUAUUUUAAGGGUAGCUGCGAUUAACAGUGUCGGAGAUUUCGUUCUAUUUUUAGGGAAGGUCCUAGUAGUUACCUUAACAGUCGUCUCAGGAAUCUAUCUAAUACAGAAGGAAGGUCUGCAUUAUCCAUGGGUACCAAUCGCUUUAGCAGGAGUGUUUGCCUUCUUGGUGGCACAUUGUUUCAUCUCCAUCUAUGAGAUGAUCAUUGACACGAUAUUCCUUUGUUUCUGCGAGGAUUGUGAAAAGAACGAUGGUAUCAGCAGACCAUACUUUAUGAGCCGUGGAUUGAUGGAAUUCGUGGAGAAUAGUAAAAAAGCUCUGCAUCAUUUGGAUCAUCAAGCAGCGCACACGUAAUGGUAUCAUUCGUUAGAAAACCGAUGCAGCGUUCGAGAGACCCGAAGGACUUUCAAUACGUGCCUUUCGACUCAGUGUGGCAUGAAGCACUCAGAAAUGCCUGUCGUAUUUUUUUUUUUUUUUGUCACUUUACAAGCUCUUCCCAUAGUGAUAUUUUCGUGAAUUAUUUUGAAGAACAGAAAUGGAGGUAUCUCUGCUUUUUACGUUCACCACCGAAAGCGUGACACGAUCGAAGGUUACAGGAAGUAUUAAUCUCUUUGUCACGGUGUCCUCGUACAGGGAAAGAAAGUGAUUAAUUACGCCACAUUUCCAAAAUGUCCUCUUUUACAAAUCGCCCGCAAGACUUGCACACGGAUAUAGAAUACGCUUCCUAUUUGAAUCGUAGCCAAGAAUGAACGAGACGACCCUCGAGGUUGUAAAAGAGGUACACGAUUGUAACAAUUGUUUUUAAACAGAUUACGUAAGAGAAAAGUGAAUCAAAUUUAUCUUUAUGAAUGGUAAAAAUGCUACAGUUAAUACUGUUUAAGGUUUUCAGGUACAAGAGAUUUACUAUAAGAAAGUGUUUCGAAUAUUUUCCCAACAUUGCAGCCAAUUUCAUUAAGUAUCACAAUACUUAAUUAUCAUUAUUAGAGGACUUCUAACGAAGACAGUUGCAAGCAGUGAUAGGCGAUGACUUAAAUACCUUAGAAUAUAAGUACAUAUAUGCAGAGAUUUGUAAUUUUACUUAAACCCUGAUGGUAUGGAAAUUUUCGAAAGCCUUAAACCGUACUAAUAGUUGCAAAUUGAACCUUGAAAGUCUAAAAACUCUCAAGGACAAAAUAGUAUAAUAAGAGAAUUGUCUAUGACGUGAAUUAGUCACGUCCAAUUGUUCGUAUACUAAUUGUUAGUUAAAAACGAUAAGUACUGUGUACGCACACUCGUUAACAUUCUUCUGCGAAGAAGAAUGAUCAUAGUUAUUGUUAACGUUGCCUUCAAGUUACGAUUACCUCAAAUCUUCGUUAUCGAAGAGGUCUACAAAACGAACAAGUCGACUGAAUGGUUGCAGCUUUAAAUAUGCGAUAUCCUUGCGCGAACAAAUUUUUAACAUUCCGAUUCCUAAAUGUUAGCAUGUAUCAUUUUUCUUUUGGUCUCCAAGUCGCUCGCUUGUACAUAGACUUAUCGUACGAGCUGUUUAUAUGCAUUUACUCGCGUUGAUGACGUUCAAUUAGGAUAUCUCGUUUCCUAUCGUACGGAUAUAAUAAUACUCGGAUAGUUUAAAGCAGGAAAGAAUCGACGCAACAUUGUGAGGCUUUUGAUAUUUUGAAAGCGUCUUACGGACGAGUGAAACUAAGUUGCCAAGAGCCAGGCUGAACAAGUGCCAAAAAGGCUGAAGAAUUGAUUAAAUGUUGUAACGCCACGAACAGAACUGUCCACGAGACACGUGGCGUGGAUAAUUCGUGGCUACCUGAGCUAAUUACAUCGAUCAUCGUGCCUACAUAUAUUUUUCUUUCUCGCGUGAAAUCAGCCCAUCAAUGAUGAUGCAUCUAACGCGUCGAUCGUUCGACCGAUAAUGAUCCACAAGAACAAGUACAAUGUCAUUUGUAAACGGUUACAGUCUUAAGUUAAAGAUAGUACUAUAAUUUUAAUAAAUGUUGAAAA